AUGCCAAAAGCACUGAAAUCGGCUACAGAGAAAUUCUCUAGAACCCACCAGCCUGCUGCAAAAUCUUCCAAUAGUAAUUCAAGCGGUACCAGCAACCCACUUUUCAACACAGACAGAUUCGGACAGCAUAUUCUUAAGAAUCCUUUGGUAGCUCAGGCCAUCGUUGAUAAAGCUGCGUUGCGUCCGACAGAUAAGGUCUUCGAGAUUGGUCCUGGUACUGGUAACCUCACGGCUAGAAUACUGGAAAAGGCAAAAUCAUGCCAAGUCAUUGAGAUGGACCCUCGAAUGGCUGCUGAACUGAGUAAGAGAUUCCAGGGAAAGCCUGAACAGCGCAGACUAGAGAUUGUCAUUGGUGACUUUGUUAAGGCAGAAUUGCCAUAUUUCGAUGUCUUGAUAUCCAAUUGCCCUUACUCGAUUUCUUCGCAUAUUGUCUUCCGCACUCUUUCCCAUAGGCCAAUUUGCAGAGUUGCAAUACUGAUGUUUCAGAGAGAAUUUGCUUUGCGAUUGUGCGCAAGACCGGGAAGCGACAUGUGGUGCCGUCUCAGCGUUAACGCGCAGCUUUAUUCCAAGAUAGAUCAUAUCAUGAAAGUCAGUAAGGGCAAUUUCAGACCCCCACCUCAGGUAGAAAGCAGCGUUGUAAGGAUAGUCCCGCUGGACCCACCGCCGCCUAUUAAGUUUGAAGAGUUCGAUGGUCUCACCAGAAUCCUUUUCACUCGCAGGAAUAAAACGUGUAGAUCCAAUUUUACUGCUUCUGGAGUGUACGACAUGUUAGAAAGCAAUAGAAAAGCGUGGUUGGCGGAGAAAAAUGAGAUGAUUGACGACUCUGUGAACAUUAAAGAAAGGGUUGAAAAAAUCCUUGUACAAUCAGGCUUUGCAGAAAGUCGCGCUGCAAAAAUGGACGUCGAUGACUUCCUAAAGCUCUUGAGUGCAUUUCACGAUGACAACAUACAUUUUGGAUAG